AAUUGAUUGAGUUCGGCAGCUGAGGAACGUGAGGACACACUGCCCAGCAGAGAGGGGCGAAAACACAGCAACCUAGUCGUAGAAAAUGAAUCACUAAUCUGCCAGCUUCAAAACAAAGCACAGGUUAUGUAAUACAAUAGAGACUAGAAUCUACAUACAGCUGACAUCCAUCCUAUGCCCCAUAGGGGCAAACUAACGGGAGCACCGAACCGUUUGGGAUUUAUUUUGGGGACAGCAGACUCAAAAAAAGCGAACAAUAGCUGAACCCCAAAACGCACUAUUCUUUCUUUAGGAAAUAAUGCUGUUUGGGGCUACACGCACGCAGGAGUCGAUUAGUCAACGAUGUUGAAUCAGGGUUUGGUUGAUUCUACAGGGAUUGUAGGGAGAAAUUCGAUGCUGGAUAUUUGAAAUUAUAGGAGGGGAAUAUGCGCAUGUAAUUAUUUCAACAAUAGAAUAACAUAGAAAGCUACACGAUAAGUGGUCUGUCAGAAAGGCAAGGCGACCGAUGCCCUCUUUUGCACUUCAUAUAUCUCUGUGUUUUGCUUGGGCUGGUGUAAUUCUUCCUGACUAACUCUGCUGUCCCAGCUGUCUGGUCGGUCGCAGGACCUCCACACCAGAACUGUGCACCUACUGAUGACUUUCACCCGACUGUAACUGGAUUUGCACAUCAAACCGGAUAUUAGUGCAAGUCUUCACCUAAUAAGUAGCAUUAGGUGAAGACUUCAACCUUCUGGAAUCUCAGAUUUCGUUUUAAAGCCAUGGUGCUGGGUGUGCGAUGGACAGCCCCUCUUCUGCUGCUCCUGCUCUCCCUGCUGGAGGGCGGAUCCUCCCACAAUUCCAGCACCCCGCGGGGCUGUGGCCUGGACCUGCCUCCCCGCUAUGCUGGCCUGUGUGACCUGGAGGCUGUGUGGGGCAUCGUGCUGGAGGCAGUGGCGGGGGCAGGAGCGCUGACUGCCCUGCUGCUGGCCCUCAUCCUGCUGGGUCGUCUGCCCUUCAUCACAGAGCAGGACAAGAGGAGCCCAGUAGGGCUGCUGCUGCUGCUGCUCCUGGGGGUCCUGGGCCUCUUUGGCCUGAGCUUCACCUUCAUCAUCCAGCCUGACAAGGAGGUGUGCAUUGCCCGCCGCGCACUUUGGGGGGUGCUGUUCGCCCUCUGCUUCUCCUGCCUCCUGGCACAGGGCUGGCGUCUGCGGAGGCUGGUGCGCCACGGGAAGGGCCCUGGAGGUUGGCAGCUCUCCUGUGUGGCUCUGAGCUUGACGCUGGUGCAGGUGAUUAUUGCCACGGAGUGGCUCGUCCUGACGGUGGUCCGGGAGGAGAAGCAAGCCUGCGACUACCAGCCAGUGGACUUCACGCUGGCCUGCAGCUACGUCGUGGUCCUUCUGGCCACCUCGCUGGCACUGAGUCUCUUCUCGCUCUGUGGGAAGUUCCGGAAGUGGAAGCGCAGUGGCGUCUGCUUGAUCCUGGCCUCCUCCUUCUCUGUACUGCUCUGGGUUGCCUGGGCCAGCUUCUAUCUCUAUGGCAACUCAGCACUGGGCAGGUCCCCUGUGUGGGACGACCCCGGCCUGGCUGUGGCCCUGGUUGCUAAUGGCUGGGUGCUCCUGCUGUUCCACGCCAUCCCCGAGGUGCACUGCUCCGUCCUGCCUGCUCCUCCGCCCAGCGCCCCGGACUACUUCGACACCUCCCAGCUCCCCCCGCGCCUACGCGAGACCUGCUUCGACGAUGAGGUCCCACUGCCCCACCGGCCCUUUGUGGAGAACAAGGCCUUCUCCUUUGACGAGCACAGCGCAGCUCUCCGGGCGGGGGGGCACCGCAAUGGCAGCCUGGGCCUCCGCCCCAGCGCCCCUUUCCGGAGCAAUGUGUACCAGCCCACCGAAAUGGCCGUGCUGCUCAACGGGGGCACAAUCCCUUCUGCCCCGCCAAACUACACCGGGAGGCACCUGUGGUGAGCAGACAGAGCUGUGCAGAACGUGCCAGAUCGGUGCUGCAUGACAGGGGUCCAUACCUGGAGCGGUGAAGGGAGUUUUAACCCUUUGAGGUUGCAGACAGGACUGUAUAGACUGCACACAAGGUCUGGGUGUGAGGACAUGUGGAAGUGGAGGACAGGACCGCUUAUCUCACUAUAUUAGUGCUGCUGUGCAUUGUAAACAACUGUCAAUAGGCUUACUAGGAAACGGGUGUUUAGGGAGGAUUUUAGGACGGCUGGCAGGUUUUUCUUGGUGGCCCCUCGGACUUCAGUAGCUAACAGGGUGUCAUUUACUUGUUCUUUUUUUUCUUGUUUCUACUGCUUUGAGAAAAGUGCAUGGCUAUUAAUGCAUCCCCGUAUGUAACCUUUAUCGAUUUCCACAAGGAGAGGAUCAGGUGUGUACUACAUAAAAAGACAUAAAAAGAUUUGUUUAUUAUUAUUAUUAUUAUUAUUAUUAUUAUUAUUAUUGUUUGAAAGAAUAAUAGUAUUACAAGUGUUAUCUUUCCCUGGUGCCAAAAGAAAAGUUAACUUUGAGAAAAUAAGAAAUCAAGAAAUAUUAUCUGGCGCUGGGAAAAGAUAUCAAGAUAAUAUUUUGGCUGUGCGUGCGUGUGGGGGUCAUAUGUCACUGGGACAGCUGGGGAUAGGCAAUCCUAAACCUGACUGAGUCCCACCUUCUGCAAAGGUCACCAUGCAUUUAUACUGCACCUUCACUAAUGAGACAGCGUUUCAAUCUCCUAGUUAUACAAGUGCAGACAGCUCUAGACUAACUGGCUUGACUGAAAACAACUGGCUUUAUCUGUGAGUUUAUUUAAAUCACAGACUCAGAUCGUUAGAAGUCCCAGUAGUACAGCACCACAUUUCACCGUAACCCACUGUGAAUUUGAGACCUUUUUAUUUAUUUUUUUUUCAAAGCACAACUACAGUAAAAGCUAUUUGGAUGUUUAUGAUCAUAUUUCAUUCGACAUCUCAUGAAUCUGGAGCCAAUAUUUUUUAAACCAUUUAAUUUAUUUGAAACACGUUUCACAAUGUAAUCUUGGCAACUUGCAGUAUUUUUGUGUAGGUGGCUAAGAAAGUUAUUAUAAAAUUGGAACAUGGAAAUUAGAUGUAUCAACUGCCAGAGCAGACAACUUACUGUUUACGGGCCAUAGCAUGUUUUAGCCAGUCUGACAGACUUGACACCUCGUUCCCAUUAAAUACCCUCUCCCCAUCCAUAUCCAGGUUUACCCUUAUACCCUUAUAAGAUAUAAGAUACAUAAAUAUAAUAAUUGAUCAUUAUUUUGUGUGAAAUUGUGAUGGCAUUUUAAUGUAUGUAGAGUUUUAAUAGAUUUAUAUUGCUACAAAAAUACACAUUUCUGAUAAUGUAGAACUUGUGCUGGAGCUCUAAGAGGCAACUAAUGUAUAACAGUGCAGUACACUGAAUUAAUUCCUCAUUUCUUGCAGUAAUAUAGUGUUGGUGAUCUGAGAGUCAGCAAAUACAACACUGUACAGAGAACCCAGUACUAUCUAUCAAAUACAAUAUUUUACGAAAAUAUGGCUGUAGAGAUACAAUAUUAAAAUACAGCAACCGUAACUGUACAAAUGACCUUAACUACUGUAUACAGAACUGUAUACAGAAGAUUAGAUGCUGUAGUAAGCACAUUCAGUGUACAGUAAAAGACUACUAAGGAUCUGACAGACAGCAGUUUAAGCAUUGCACAGUAUUGGGCCCAGUUGGUUAGAAGCUAUCCUGGCCCUCUCUCAGGACAUCCCGUGCAGGGUUGCAGGGAGGGGGUGUGUGUAUGAUGCUGCCUGGGGUCCUGUAGGGAUGAAGGGGGAUUUAGUUUCUCUUCAGUGCUGACACUGUGGACUCAGAGCCAUUGUAUAACACUGGUGUUUCUGAUGGAACAGAGUUCUUGUAAUUUUAUGUAGUGAAA